AUGCCGCUUUUUGAUUUGAUAAAACACGAUGACAAUACCUUUAUCGCAUCAGAGUUGUGGUCGCCUUUUCCUUCUUAUCCCGCAUUCGGCGGUCAUCUGGUAUCGCUGUCCCUCUUGUCGGCUGAGUUGUUCGCUAAUGCCAAGCCAUCUUCGGUACACACUUACUUCCUCUCACCGGGAGAAAUCGGAACUCCGAUUAACUUUGAGGUCAAGAUACUGAGAGAAGGACGAACUAGCAAAAUAAUGAAUGUCAAAGGCUAUCAAUCGAAUAGAUUGGUUGUGACGAGCGAUUGCCUCAUGAAUGAUCAGGUGGACAAUGGUGUAG